AGAGGGCCAUAGAAGAGGGAGAGAUAGAGGGGUGUUAGAGAGAGAAAGUCAGAGAGGGACAGAGGAGGAGAUGUGUGAAUGAGAAUCCAGCAGGAGAGGACGAAGAGGAGGAAGACGACCACGACGACGGCGGCAAGCGUGGCUGUCAAGCCGAGGGAUCGGCGAACGGGAAGGGCACGACCACCACCAACAGCAGCAGCAGCAGCGGCGGCGGCGGCGGCAGCGUCUUCUUCUACGACUGCAUCAUCCUUUGCUACUACUAUUACUACUUCUUCUUCUUCUUCUUCUUCUUCUUCUUCCUCUUCCUCCUCGUCGUCAGACUCGGCGUUUAGGGUUUCCGUGGGGCAACGGCUGCGGAGGAGAAGGUCGGCGUCGGGAUCGGUUUCGUUGCCGCAGCAGCGACUCCCGGUCAAGAGGCGUGGUGCAGCUGAUCAUAAGGAUACUUGUCAAAAUCCUGAGGCAGUCCAGGUGAUUAAAGAGCAUCCUGUUUGUUGCGUAUGUGGAGAUGAUCUUAACGAAGAACCUGGUUCAGUAGUGAUUGAGUACUGUACUUGCAGUGGACGACCAGCAUCUGUUCAUGCUGCAUGUAUUUCUUCUUUCGUGUCUACUGGUGAUUUAGAAAAGAGUAAGUUCUGUAAGAUCUGUGGCAAGAAAGAACUGGUUGAUGGGAGAGACUGCAUCGCUGUGAAAAUGCCAAGUAAAGUAGAAACUGAGCUUCCGAGGAUCAUAGUUCCAGACCUUAACUGGAAAACUGACACCAAGGCCCCAAAAGGUAACAAGAGGGCGAUAAGGCGGGCCAGAACAGCAUUAACUGGCAGUCUUAAGAAGUCACCAACUGCAGGAAGUUUAUCUUCCGUUGAAGAUUCAAAAGACAAUGUCUCAAACAAAAUGGAGGAAGCACCAGUGUCUGAAUCUGAAAAGCUUGGUCUUUCUGUUUCUGGUCGACGAUUUACUGAUGCAGUUGUUAGUGUACCUAUUAAGAAAAGGCGCAUCCCAGUGGUCCGAUCCCCAUCACCUCCACCCGAAACACCUUCUCCACACUCAACAGAUCAGCUGUUGAAAGAACAGUCUCUGUUGGAGGCUGAAGAAUCUUUUGUUUAUUCGAGCAAAGAAUUGCAUAUCCUGGUGGAUGGUGAUGUUGCAGAUGAACUUCUGAAAAUAAACAAUUCAACAGAAAAGGUGGAGAAUGUGUAUCACUCAGUGCCAGAGAUGGAAGAAGAUGUUUCUGCAGAACAUGUUUCUCCUUCUGAGAGGUGUACUGAAACUGUGGACUUCUCUGGUAUUUCAAUAUUGGCUGCAGCUGCUUGCAAAAGCGAACUAGGAAGUAGUGUAAAUCCCGUUGGAACCUCGUUUGAAUGCUUUCCAUCUUCAGAUGACAAGUAUGCAAGGCCAGCUGAGAUAGAAACUGAGUUACCAUCUGAAAAUCAUGAACUUGUGAUGUCACAUGACCCUAAUGUUCAAGUUUUAUCCAACGAUCUAUUUGUUGAUGAUGGAAUGAGAAAAGUAGAUGAUGGGAUGAGUAAUGUAGUCAGCGUAACUGGUAACCAUGCUGGUGAAUGCAGUACCAACCAAAAAGAUGGUGGUGGCAUUGUUGAAGGCCAUGAUAGGAGUUCUUUGGAUGCAUUAGGUUCUCCUAAUAACUUAAAAGGGCAUUCUAUUAGUUGUCUAAAUCAAGAGAAAGGAAAGAGGGAGAAGGCUGACUCCUCCUUUCCACGGGUAGAUAGGACAAGCUGGGACCUGAACACUGUCAUGGAUGAAUGGGAGGGUUCUUCAGAUGACAUUGCAAUUGGUGAAGGUGAACCAAACAAUGAAAAGCUUGGCAGUAAGGAAGUUUACCAGAUGAGCAUGGUUGGAGAGGAGAAUCUUGCCGAAGGUUUGCUUGGGAAAAUGUUUGCUGAAGGCAAGCAGGAACCUGAUCGUAGGUUGAUGGACACCAAUAAUGAUGUUUCUUUGCAGUUGGGUUCUAGGGAGACUCCUCAUAUGCAGGCAUAUUUGGAAUCUGGUCUUGAAUCCUGUUGUAGUAAAGAUCUUAAUGAUCAUCCAGCACCAAAAAUUGACAGCACACUUGGUGAAAAUCGAGUGUCUAUGAUGGGGAAAUCUGAAUCGGAGAGACUGGCUGUGCAGACUGAAGUGUCAGUGGAACCAGCUUAUCCUUGCCACAAUCAUCCUGUGGAUUCUAAAUCAGAACGCCAUGGGAUUGAAUGUCCUUCUAUCAAAGACGUUGCACUUGAAGAAGGGAAUGAACACACAGGGAAUACAAUAAGAAAUGAUAUAGACAGUGGUUUGUCAGAAAUCGAGGAACACCCAUGUAAUGCAGGUAAAGCAGGCACUGAUACUAGUGUAGUUAUAUCAAAUACAGUGGCCACAGCUCAUGAAAAUGAAAAUGGGUGCAAGUUGGAGAGAGAAGAAAAUGCCCAGCCUGAAGGUAGUGUUCAAGUUGAUGUGGGGCUUGUUAGUGCCACAACACCAACGGCUGAUGGAAGCCAUGGUUCACCAGAGAGAGAGAAAUAUCUGAGUGGUCAAGGUAUUACUUUCACUGGUUCUGGACUUUCUUCUAGUCCAUCGAAGCAUGUUCCUGCACAUCAAGAGGCUAAUGAUCUGAAAUUUGAUAAUGAUGUGGAAAGAGAUGUUGAAACAUCAAGACCUUCUGAAAGUGCUUCUUGUGUAGGUUUUGCAGAAAUGGACCCAGUAUUUGAUGAUGAUGCCAGCAAGCAUUUGAUGGCAUCUAAUAGAGGUGAUUCAUUGGCAGAUCGUGCAACAAGCAGUUAUAGUGAUCAAGAUGGCUAUAAUACACUUGUAAACAGUCCGAUAAUUGAGAAACCUUCUGGUGCAAAUGAUCCUGGAAACAUCCUUAAGCUGAAUGGUGUCGUAACCGUUGAACAUAAUCCUAAUAUAGUUGGUGAUUCUCCUAUCAAGGAGUGCCCCAGAGAGAUUAAUAAUGAUGCAAGUUCUAAGGAGAUAAAAGUUGAACAGAAUGAUGAUGGCCCCGGACAUGUGGAAGUGCUGUCAAAAGAAUUAUGUUCAAGGAAGCAGGAGAAACAAUGCCAUGCAGUUGCACAUGGUGAUAUCGAGUCUUCUGGAUUGCAAGAAAGUAGUGAGAAGAUUUUGACAUCCACUGGAACAGAAGAAAAUCCAGUUGAAACAGAGCUUAUUUUGAAUCAGUUCAGUUCUUCCACUGAGGCUUCCAAGCAUCAAAUUGAUGAGCAUGUUAACCUUUCAACUAAAGAUGACCAGGGAGGUAAUAACAGAAACAAUUCUGUUUCAGAUAAUUCUCAAGAAGUUCCUGAACUUGAUGCUACUGAUAUGGGGAUGGCAAAUGAGCCACAUGCAGAUGAUGAUUCCCAGUAUGAAGAUGGUGAAUUCAGGGACCUGGUUGUAGCUGGUUGGGAUGAUGACAAUGUUGAGGAUAUGGAAAUUGAUGAUGUGGAUUAUGGAUAUUCAGACAAUAGAGACAUUGAUGAUUUUGGUAUGACUACAGAUGACCCUAAUGCAGAGUCAUUACAAGUUGAGAGUUUGGACAGCAAGGGGAAAAUGCCCCUGGAAUCUUUUUCAUCUGCCAACUCGGAAGGUGCUACAUUUGCUGAGAAGAAUGCGAAGGAGGCUACUGUUGGGAUGGAUCAGAAAAUACAAACCGAAGAUUCAGAUACUGGAUCUGGCCAAAAUAGAUCUAUGAAGGCUGUUAGAAAAGUAUCAAAGGGGCAAGAUGGAAGCGAACAAAACAGUGGAAAAUUUGGCAGCAAUAAUGAGGUUGUUCAAGGAUCCAGUGUAAGUUGGGUUGAGUCGACAACUACUAAGGAAGCUUGUCUGGAAGGAGGGGACACCAUGGAGUUGUGUAUUUCAAGUAGCCCGCUUGCAAAGUCAUUGCAAAUGGAUACACUCUCGAAUGUACAUAACAACCCUCAAACGGACGAGGUUAAUGAAGAUGGUGGUACCAAGAGAAAUGGUGAGGAUGAUGUCUCUGAUAGGCCCACUGCUGGAGAGUCCCUUAAAAUGGGUGAAUCUACGUCAGGCAGAAUGCUAAUGUCCCAGGUUCAGGGUCCAGUUUCUUCUGAUACUGCUGUUGGAAGAGAGAGGAUCCGUGCACAUAGAAGAUUUGAUGCUUAUCAUGAGGCAAAGCAAGUUGGAAGGGAUGCUGGUCAAGGAAGGGGGUCUUCCACGCGUAUCCAUUCUAGAGGAAGAGGAGGUGAUUGGGUGGACUCUGCAGGAAGUUAUUGGGGUCCAAACAGACGCCGUUCACCUACUCGUUAUGGUCCUGGUGUUGGGCAUAUGGGACAAGAAAAUGCUGCUGCAGUUGCUGCAGCGAAGUUGCACAGUAAUGGUUUUGUUAUUGCACCUGAUGGAACAAUAGUUAAGGCAGGUGGGAUGCGUAACAGUGGCAGAAUAAGUGGACAACAUAUGCGUGGUGCUCUUGUCAGAAGGGGAUCACCUUCAGAUCAGGACGAGCAUUUCAGCCUUGGGAUUCAGCUGGGACUUGAACCAGUUAGAGAUAUCAGCCCUGGUAGGGUUAUGAAUGUGGGAAGGGGCCGAUCACGUGGAUAUGUGCCUCGGGUGAUUGGUUUAAGUCCCAGAGAAAGGUACCGUGGACCCUUGGAUGAUAGGAUUGGUUCAUCUUUACAUGGAGAUUACCAUGUGAGCAGAAGAGAACGAAGCUUUUCACCAGGCCACAGACGUACUUCUCCUCUCUCAGUUUCUCGUUCUCAUACAAGGUCUCCUAGAAGAUCAAGAACUCGAUCCCCUCGGCUGUGGACUUCUCCUAGAGGGAGGAGUUCAGUUGUUACUGAUGGUGACCAGAGUUUACAUGCACAUAGUAGAUCUCCAAACUUCAGGUCAGAAGCAAGACUAGAGAGAAUUAGAUCACCUCGACGCAGGCCUACUUUUGUAGAUCACUUGGACAAUUUUGUGCCAUCAUCUCGUAGUCGUUCUUCUCCAUCUCAUGCAUCAAGAUGGAUUGAUGAAAGGAGGGAUGCCAGUCAGUUCAGAGAACAUGAGUUCAGGAGACCUGCAUUGGGGAGAAAUUCCCCUGGAAGAGUAUUUUCACAGGGUGGCCGCAGAUAUGACGUUUUGAGCUCCCCACGAAGGGUGAAGGCUGAUGAGUACUUUAGGUCUGACAGGUCGCCUGGCUUAGAUGUUGAUGGUCGAGGAGGACGAAGGUAUGAUACAUCUGAGGAUGAGAGGAAGAAACAUGGUGACAGAUAUGGUUCAGAUUAUCCUGCUAGGGCAUAUGAUAUCGACUGUGAUGACAGGCGCUUUCGGUAUGAUAUAGAAGAAGGUUUUCAGGGGCACGGUUCUCGUGAAAAUGCUGCAGAGUUCCACAGGAGAGGAAGUCCAAGGGAUUAUAGCCGGAAUAUAGAGAGGAGGCUUGGAGACACAUCCAGGAGAGUUUCAUCUAGGGAGGAAGGAGCCAGUCACCUUAGGUACGGUAGGGAAGCAAGAAGUAACCCAACCUUCAAGCGUUUUGGUGAUGGUGACGUAGCUCCUAGAAGGAGAAGGCCUUCAUGAUUGUCGAAAUGAAAAUGAUACAUGUGGAGAUCCCUACGUAGUUGCUUUUGAAGCUGUGAUGGAUGAAAUGUGAGAGCCUCACAUACUGCCUUGGUUUUACCAGCAAAGCUAUUGCACUGUUAGGAGUGCCUUGCAGAUUUUGUUUGGGCUUGUCCAUUUUCUUUGAUAGGUCCAUUGCUGAGUGUAACUAUGCUGCGCUGUAGCAAUUUUUCUGUGCAUGUGAUCUUACAUCAAAUGCAUGGUUCAGCUGAUUAUUCAUGUGAAUGCAACUUCUAUCACUGAUUAGAAAAAAGUUGACCAGGAGAAAUGUCUUCACGAUAUGCAAGUGGAGCAUAUUUCUAGACGGUUCCCAAAUAUUCAUGAGGAUUUUGGAUAUUCCUUGUGGAGUUCUGCCAUUGACAUGAAUUUUCUCUCCAUUAUGCAAAUAAUUAUAUGAAGUUCAAUAUGAAACUGCAAUUCACUUUUUUUUACAAUAAAUUCGGGCGGCAGUUUUUUCCAAGUGAUA